AUGUCGCGCUUGUUCUUCAUCCAACUCGUGGCUGUCGUCGUCGCCUUCGUGUUCGCCUUCGCUGUCUUGGCCGACGCUCAGGCGACGCCCUCGCCCUCGGCUUCGCCCUCGGCCCUUCCCUCUGCCCUGCCCUCGGCCGCGGCCUCUCCCUCGCACUCGCCCAAGGCCUCCACCGUGCCCUCGUCCUCGGCCUCGUCGCUCAACGGUUUCCUCUUUGAGGCCAUCUCUCACCUCUUUUAA